GCUCUAGUCUCAAAAAUCGUUGUCGCGCAAACGCAAGCUUCACUGUGACAACCCAAUUGGAGCUUCCCGAAAAUAGUACCCCAAGUUUCUGCCCUUUCUUCCUUCCCUUCCUAUUCUUACAUGUUAAUAAAGGUUAAAGAUGCCGUCCUUGCUCUCGCAGCUUUCUUUUCUUUUCCCUUCUGUCCCUUCUAUCCUUUCCUGUCUCCCACUCCAAACAAAAUAAAAUAAGUAUUCCCAUCCCUCUUCAUCACCUCGUAACUUUUUACUCUCCCUCUUCCUCUUCCUCUUCCUCUUCCUCUUUCUUCAUCAAUACUUUUACUUCCCCAUCACAACUCAAUACAUACUUCAUCCUUUCCAUCUCCCAACGCCAAUACACUUCCAUCUACCAUCUCCCAUCCAUCCAAUCAGAUCAAUCAAUUGAUAAAAUAGUCACCCAGAGGCGCGCCUUUUUCUGGCCACCCAUCCAUCAAACAUUUUACUUAAACUCUUUUUAUCCAUCAUCAUCAUCAUCAUCAUCAUCAUUAUGGGUUCCUUCUCUCAUCAAUCUUUCUCUCAAUCUUCGCCCGUUCUUGCCAUGACGCCCCAACUUCCACCUCAACACUCUUUCAAUCGACCAACUUUUACAUCUCCUUUCGUAAAAGCACCCAUGUCGUCACCAUCUGCAGGCUCUUGGCUCACGCCAACGUCGGCACCUCAAUCAGCUGCAGGCCGCAAGCGCUCACGCGACGAGGCUGCCCUUGAAGACGAAGAGUACUUUUCACAAGCACCUGUUGAGCCAAUAGUUGUCGAAGAUGAAGAGGAAUGGGAAUACGGGCCAGGAAUGACGCUCAUCAAGCCAAGCAAUCGUUACAACUUGACUGCAGAGAGUCAAACUGGUACCUGGAAAGAAGAGAAAGAAGCGGAAGAAAAGGCAAAAGCUGAAUUGCGCGCGGCCAGUCCAGAAAGACCAAUCAUACGUUCGGCAAAGAGUCAAAGAAUUGAUAGAGGUCCCACAUCAUCAAUGGCCGAAGAGAUAAAUGUUGCGAACAGUGUCCUCUCAGCUCCUCUUCAAACGGGAAGUACUGGCCCCGUCCAGCCUUCCAUUGACGAAUACACCAGGCAUUUGGGGAUUGGUUGGUCAAAGUUAAGCACUGAUGAAGAUAUUCAAGCUGCGGUUCGUGGCUGGACCAAAUAUAUCGAGAACCACUAUCCUGUCAAUAAUGCUAUCAUUCGAUUGCAAAGUAGAGGGUUAGCCAGCUAUCUCGUCGAAGCUCAAGAAGGCUACUUUUUAUUUGGAGAUAACCUUAGACAAGGUAGACUUGUGAGCACCAGCUUGGAAAAGACUUUUGAAAAUCUUCGAGGACCAGUCCCAAUAUUUGAAGGAGAUAUGGUACUUGAGGCUAGCGAAACCCCCAAGGCUAGCAGUCCAGUUAUGAAUGCUAUGACAAAUGAACAUGUUGAAGAAAUGAUGAUGGGUGGAAUUCCUACGACCAGUCUCCCAAACCAUGCUGUGGAGGUUGAGAUGGACAUGAGUUAAACGCGAUUUACGGCUUCGGGCACCAAUGUAAAAAAAAAAUGAAUUGGGUAUUCCCAAAGUUAACAGGACACGGAGUUUUGCCAGUUUCACUGCAUUCGGCUUUGCAUAUGGGAUUUCGGAAUUAGGUUCAUCGAUAAGGCUACCUGGCUAGGUCUAGCAUACAUUUGUAACAUAGAAUAAGGAGGGAGGUAGGUCAUGGGUUUGCUGGCUUUGCAUACUUUGCAAGACGUUCCAACUUUCGUUAGCACGACUUUAGUAGUGAGUGCUUAACGUCAGGGCAAGCUGUCACUUAAUUUAAAUCGAAUACAAAAAGUCUUUUGUAUCCCA